AGAAGUGCGCCCCCUUCCAAACAUCUGUAAACAAAGCAGUUUAGUGGAAUACAAGUUAAUUUUAACUAAAAAACCAUUUCUAGUGCAUAAAUUGCAAACUUUUACAAAGGAUUUUACGACUCCCCAAUAUGCCUCCAAUAAAAACCGACGCAGAUAGUGACGGGGAUGGUGAUUUGUCUGGGGCGGAAUCGGAGCAUUCUGGAUCCAGCCAAGGACAGGACCAUGAUUCCAGUGCGGAGGAAGCGGACGAACCAGAUUCGGACGAUUCCUCCGAAAUGUCCGAAGGCGAAUGCGAACGGAGGCGUACCAAUUGUCAGGAUAAUCUAACGAGCCUGGAAAAACAGUUUAGCAUUCUGAAAGAACAAUUGUACAAGGAGCGCAUGGUUCAGGUCGACCAUAAGCUGCAGCAAAUUCGGGGUGGUCGGUUGCAGGACUACAUUAUACCUUUACAGCAACUGCAACACAAUAUGGACAGCCGUAAAGAGGUUGCAGAGGUUAUGAAAAAAUAUCGUGUCAACAACAUUAAGAACAAGUUCGAGUCGGAACUGCAAGCAUGCUAUCAACAUUUUGAGAGUGAACAAAAUCUGGCCAAUGAUGUUAUUUGCGACGAGCUGAUGGAGAAGGUUCGUCGUUUGGAGGAGGAUCGCCACAAUGUGGACAUCUCAUGGGCGGAUUGGGGUACCAACACACGAACGGCAAAGGUUAGAGGCCCGGGACGCAAGAAGGCCGUAACUGUGUCUGGACCGUACAUUGUAUACAUGUUGCGCGAGGAGGAAAUUCUCGAGGACUGGACAUCGAUUCGGAAAGCGCUGAAACGUUCGACCGCUGCCGCUACCUGAUAUUUAAUACAGUAAGAAUUUACUCAAGUGUAUAGUUUACGCCAUUCGUCGGAUAGUACCGCUUCUGCCCCCCGUUUGGUUUCGAGUAUCUCCCCUGUUGAGAAAUCGCCAAGACUUACGUACGGAUUUUGUGUGUAAAUUCAUUUCUAAAUGCCGUUUCUUGUAACGACUUAAUCUGAACCUAUUCAUAAGGCAAAUAUUAAACUUAAGAUGCAAAAUGGAACAAA